CGAGCGCUUUUAUUCAUCUAUCAGAGCAUCCGUCUUUCAGUGUUGUGUGACUGUUGUUGACAACACGUGAGCUGCUCCGCAGUCAGCACAGACAAACCUGCUGAGUGAGAGUGACAGGACACUGCCUGCCUUCAUAGGGGCUUCCAAACUGUGAUAAAACACAGGUGUCCUGGCAGGAUGUUCUCACAAACCAUUUGCUUUUGAGCUAUAAAGCUAACUUGCUACAGGCUUGGAAAACAACCUUUUUAGGAAGAGACCAGAAUGCGCAGCUCUCUUGGAUUGAAGAUGUGCUUAAAAAUUACAUUUGUGAAAUGACACUUUUUUUGUCUUUUUUGGAAGAAAAACACAAUACAUUUUACCAGAUCUUCUGAGUUUUAGUGACUUGUCUCCAAUUUCAACAAUAUGAAGAGAAGCUCUUCUUUGAAGUCUUUCUGGACUUCAGAGAGAGAAUGGGACACUCAGCAGGGCCUGCUCGGAUCCAAACCCAUGCCCAGUCACCGUACAGUGAAGAGGACAUUUUCAGGGGUCCUCCAGCUUCCUCGUCUGUCCCGCCGGCUCUCGGCUCAGGGAGAUUCAGAGAACGCAUCCCGCAAGGCCAUCUUCUCCCUCGGCGUCGCCAAUGGGCUGGAGUCCGAUGCUUAUCAAAGUUCAUGUUUUGAUGUUGAGAAUGGGCUGUCUGUGGGCCGCAGUCCUCUGGAGUCCCAGGCCAGUCCAGGCUCCGGCCUUGUGCUGCAGGCCAAUUUCCCUCACAGUCAGCGGCGGGAGUCCUUCCUGUAUCGCUCCGAUUCUGACUUUGACCUUUCACCCAAGGCCAUGUCCCGAAACUCAUCCACGGCCAGCGAGUUGGAAGAGAGCUUGAAGCACUGGGAGGUCAACUGGCUAAAUCGACAUGGAGAAGACUUAAUAGUUACGCCAUUUGCACAGGUCCUUGCCAGCCUGAGGACUGUGCGGAGCAACUUUGCUGUUUUGACCCAUCAGCAAGACCGUGUCCCGAGCAAGAGGUCCACUGGAAGCAACCCACCAUCCAUGUGCAAGACAAGCCUACCAGAGGAGCCAUUUCAGAAGUUGGCAGUGGAGACUCUGGAUGAGCUGGAUUGGUGUCUCGAACAGCUCGAGACUCUCAAGACGCGUCACUCAGUCAGCGAGAUGGCAUCUAACAAGUUCAAAAGGAUGCUGAAUCGAGAACUAACCCAGCUCUCAGAGACUAGCAAGUCAGGAAACCAGGUCUCAGAGUACAUCUCCAGCACCUUCUUGGAGAAGCAACAUGAUAUGGAGAUUAUGUCCCCCUCAACCAAGGAGAAGGAGAAGAAAAAGCGGCCCAUGUCUCAGAUCAGUGGAGUGAAGAAACCCACACACAGCUCCAGUGUCGCAGCUUCCAGCAUCCCACGCUUUGGCAUCAGCACUGACCAGGAAGAUCUGCUGGCCAAGGAGUUAGAGGACUUUGACAAAUGGGGUGUGGAUAUUUUCAAGAUAUCUGAGUAUUCUGGCAACCGACCGCUAACGGUAGCAAUGUACACGAUCUUCCAGGAAAGAGACCUGUUGAAAUCCUUUAAAAUACCUGUUGACACUUUCAUUACCUACAUGAUGGCACUGGAGGAGAACUACCACUCUGAUGUAGCGUACCAUAAUAGCAUGCACGCCGCUGACGUAGUCCAGUCCACCAAUGUCCUCUUGUCCACCCCUGCCCUUGAGGCUGUAUUCACCGACCUUGAAAUCUUGGCUGCAAUGUUUGCUAGUGCAAUACAUGACGUGGACCACCCUGGAGUGUCCAACCAGUUCCUCAUCAACACAAACUCUGAGUUGGCUCUCAUGUACAACGAUUCCUCUGUUCUGGAGAACCACCACCUGGCCGUUGGCUUUAAACUGCUGCAGGAAGAAAACUGUGACAUUUUCCAGAACCUGACAAAGAAACAGAGGCAGUCGCUACGCAAAAUGGUCAUUGACAUGGUCUUAGCCACUGAUAUGUCAAAGCAUAUGAACCUGUUAGCCGAUCUCAAGACCAUGGUAGAGACCAAGAAGGUGACGAGUCUGGGCGUGUUGCUGUUAGACAACUAUUCUGAUCGCAUUCAGGUUCUUCAGAACAUGGUGCACUGUGCUGAUUUGAGCAACCCUACAAAGCCCCUGGAGCUGUACCGUCAGUGGACGGAUCGCAUUAUGGUGGAGUUUUUUACUCAGGGGGACCGAGAGAGAGACAAGGGUAUGGAGAUCAGCCCCAUGUGUGACAAACACAAUGCUUCCAUUGAGAAAUCACAGGUGGGCUUCAUUGACUACAUCGUGCACCCGCUAUGGGAGACCUGGGCGGAUCUGGUUCACCCUGACGCCCAGGAGAUUCUCGACACUCUAGAGGACAACCGUGAGUGGUACCAGAGCAUGAUCCCUCACAGUCCCACCUCCACCCCUGAGGACAAGGGCGGUGUGGUCGGGAUGGGAGCGAUGGGUGGAGGCAUCGCCUCAGCGGGGGAGAAAUUCCAGUUCGAACUGACCUUAGAAGAGGAAGGGGAGUCUGACGUCGAGAGCCCCGUGGACGAAGACUUCACUUCCACCGCACAAGAUUCCUCCAGGACAGAUGCAGAAGCCAAACAUCCGUCUCCCCGCACACCGCACGCCAACCUGACCGCUCGCUCCCCCGGCUGCAGGACAAUGUCUUUUAAGAUGGGCGAGCCACCAGACGACGAAGAUAGAGAACUUGACCAAGAAGGGAAAAGCGUGUCUUGUCUGCGUCUGGGAACAUAACACUAGUGCACUUUUUCACCGCAUUCUUUCUUCUUUCGUACCUCUUCCUCAGCACCUCCCUACCCCUCUCCAUCCCAUUCUUAGCUUCCUCGGCCGGAGGCGACGCAGAGAGAGCAAAGGAGAGGUAGGAAAGCUUCCACGGGACGUUUUUUUAUACAGUAGUCACCUUGCACUGGAGAAGGCUCCUAUUCUACGCUUUCUUAAAACGUUCUCGGUCUCGUGACUUUCGGCUCAAGCGUAAAACUGCCUGUGUGUUAUGGACUGAGAGGAAACGUCCUCAAGUGUCUUCCUGUGACAUCCCAGGGUUAAAGUUAACGAACAAGCGGAGCCGUCCGAACAUAUUGAUUGCUAAACAGGACACUUUUUAUGUGAGACGUAUGUGCACUAAAAUGUUUUUUAAAAGAUACACUGUUGACUUAAAAGCUGGUCUGUUAUUAGCUGAACAAAACAACCUAACCUUAACACAACAGAACAUCUCAGGAUUCAAAGAAACGAUUGCUUUCAUGUAGCAAACAGCUUGAGGGUACCCACGUAGUGACCGCCGUCUUCCUUGGUUCACUAUAAAAUCUGUAGACUGAAGUCGAGCCAUGAUUGUGAUCUUUUGUAUUUGUAUGUGAGGCCACCUAGUGCUUAAUAGUGGAACUGGAGCCACGUUUAUAGGAUUUACCACUCCAGCCGAACACAGUGGCUCUUUUUUCUUGUUCCUUUGCACAGAUUAUACUCAUCUGACCCUUCUCACCUUUAUUUGUAGGAAUGCUGCUUUAAUUUAAGGCAUUCACAUGGUUUACAUACGUUUCUUGUUUAUUUUUCUGUUCUGCUCCAUCCAAAGCAUGAGCGUCAGCAUUAUUACAUUGUAAGUCACAGCUUUUCUAGGUAGCACUUUAGAAGAUAUCUUUGUCGUUGCCAAACGUCGCUCCAUCUGUAAGGGCUGGAGUCAUUGUUAGCGUACAGAUUCGCCGCGAUCUGCAGGGUAACCAGCAUGUGUACGCGCCCUGUGUGUAAGUUGGUCUCUGGAAGGCUGGGCUGGCUUGGAAACCCACAUUAGCUGUAUAGGAAGCGGUCGGUGUCCUUAAACCACACGUGUACUUUCUCUCUCUUUCUGUGCUGGUCACACUGAAAAAUAUAUGAGGUAUCUUAACAUCUUUACAAAUGUAUGAUGUCUAAACACGAGCGAGGAGUUUUGUUUUAAAACGAGAGCUGUGUGCUUCGACACAUAAAGCCAAAGUUAGUUUUGUGUCCCAGACCUUUUGUGUUCUUUGGUUUUUGGUGAUCGAUCAGUGCUCUGCUCUUCACAGGGACAUAGCCAAUGACAGUACAAGUGCCAAGCAAGCAUGAUCCAUGCUGUACUGUAAUUUCCAUGUUGCCACUGGCUAAUUUCCAUUGAUGACAUCUACUACUGUCAGUAACAUGCUGAUUUGAGCAUUUCGUUUUUCUUUUAGUUCUUUUAUUUAAGAGUAUUCAUGAUUAAUAGCAGAUUUCCAGUCUUUCUGACUCGGUUCAGACUAUUUGUGUCCUUUUUAUACCAUGGUAUGAAUUUUAAUAUUGGAUACAGUGGAAUCUUUGUAUGUAAUUGGGUUACAGUAAAUGGGGCUUUUAAAUAUUGGCUGUAUGUUCAUUUUAAUGUCAGUCUGUGCUCUUUAUAGCAAUGUUUCAUGUGGUGAAAGAAACGCUGAGUGGCCAUGCGAAGUUUCGACUGGCUGUAUCCACACGGCACACCUCCGUUUGGUCUUUUUCUGUCGCAGAUCUGACAAUCCCAACAGUACUGUUUACCACUACAACGCUGUUACUAAUGUUGCUGUGAUUGUUUUCCUGUUCCCAAUGCCAAUAAACGAAGAAAUAUUAGUAAGCUGGACUCAUUUGUGGUAUAUGGAAACCCAUUUACACAAUAUAUAGUUUCAUAAGAUUAAAAAAAAAAAAAUGGAAUUAGGCAAAAAGUUGAAAUAAUGAUAUACAUCAAAAUUAA